GCUCUUGCCACGUCCAAUUCCACCAUCGGGGGCGUCGAGUCCGUUAGGGUUCUGUUUCUGAUAUCGCGUCGUUCCCAAUCUCGCCAUUCAAUCCGCGCGGCUCGCUGUACACCAAAAUAUUGGCGCGUAUCCUCGACGAAUUCGAAAAAGGAAGGAUAAAAAGUUAUCGCUCUCGGAUCUUUGUUUUGCCUCCUCCGUGGCAGCCGACUGCCUUUGGCUUGCUCCUGCCUUGCCGUGUUGGUUUGGAUUUUAGGAUCUCGGGAUUUGAUUUCUCUCAGAGUAAGGUGAAGGAUGCUGGAUUUGUGCUAAAGCUAUUUCUUAUUAUAAGCCAUUUUGUUGAUUUCUCUGUUCAAGAUCGCAUCUUAAGCAGUCGUUCUGAUCUUUAGGAAUCACAGAAGUUAGUAGCAGGUGAAGCAUUUACAUUUUUAAGUUAGUUCUAUGAGUUUGGAACCUAUGACUUUCAAGCAAAAGCAGAAAGUGAAGAAAAACAAGUACCUAAAACCCGGCGCACUUGCACAAAUGCGUCACAGAAGGAUGUCAAACAAAUUGUGCACUGUUAUAGGAAAGAAAAGGAUAAUAUUGGAGACUGAGAUGGCAAAAAUUAGUCUGCUGAAUCAGGCUGAUGUUACUCAAGGUGAUACAUCAAUGAUCUCUCCUAACAGAGUUCCACCUCAGCCAAUUGUAGAUGAGGUUAAACGGCAGAAACUUCCAGCAACACCUAAAACACCACUAAGUGUUGAAUUUGACAGCCAAUCAAGACUUGAAUCUCUUCCCAUGGAUAUCCUGAUCAAAAUUCUCUGCCACUUGCAUCAUGAUCAGCUAAGAGCUGUUUUCCAUGUUUCCCAGCGAAUUCGAGCAGCUGUUAUCGCGGCCAGACAUUAUCAUUUCAAUUACACAACUCCAGACAGAUCACGGCAGGAAAUGCUUAACACCAAGACUCCAGUGCCAACUGAACAUUGGCCUUUUGCAAACAAGGCAGAAGGAAAACGUAUUUGGGGAUCUAUCCCACAUACACCAAAGGCUCCAAAGCAUGGUGGUCCUCGCUCUCGCCUUCACUUGCUUGACAUAAAGCAGAUUGCAGCUGUUCUAUUCCCAGAUUCUGCAUUACCUCAACCAAACAUGUUGCCACCAGGCUUGCCAAAGCCCGUUCUCAAGCCUGUAUCUUCUACAAGGGUUCUGUUUUAUGAAGAUGAGCUCUGUCAGGCGGUAGCCCAGAAUAAGCUUCGCUGAGCCACCAACUUCCAAGUUCUUGGCCAUUCUGCAUGAUUCAAUCCAUUUGUUGCUGUCAUGUACAUGUCUUUUUGUCUUUCAAAUGCAGUAGCUUGGUUUUUGUGGUCCUGUCUUUAAAGGUCAGAAUCAUGCAACCUGAACCUGGUUAUAAGUCCUUUACAUGUUCUAUGUAUAGUUUCCCCAUAUAUAGGGUAUGUUAGUUCAGAUAUAAAUGUCUAUUAUAAAGUUCUAUGUUGUUUUUCUUCCUAUA